UUGACAGGUUCAUGUUUACCAGCAAAAGUUUGACGUUUCCGAUUAAAAUUUUCCAUUAUUAGUAAAAUGGCUGAGAGUACUAACUUGCAGGAGUCGGAAAAUUUGAACACGAAAAAUGGAAAUUUUAUUUGCGGGGUUGUAGAAGGAUUUUACGGCAGACCAUGGACAACAGAACAAAGAAAAGACUUGUUCCAAAAAAUGAAAAAAUGGGGUAUGAACUCUUAUGUAUACGCCCCAAAAGAUGAUUAUAAACACCGAGCUUACUGGAGAGAACUGUACACAGUUGAAGAGGCUGAACAUUUGACUGGUUUAAUUCAAGCUGCCAAGGACCAAAACAUAACUUUCUACUAUGCCUUGUCACCCGGGUUGGACAUCACUUACAGCAGCUCUAAAGAAAUAACAUCCCUGAAACGUAAAUUAGAACAGGUAUCACAGUUUGGUUGCCAAGCGUUCGCCCUCCUGUUCGACGACAUUGAGCCGGAAAUGUCUGAGGCUGACAAAGAGAUAUUUCAAUCAUUUGCACAAGCUCAAGUCUCAGUCACUAACGAAAUAUACCAGCAUUUAGGCCAGCCAAAAUUCCUUGUCUGUCCUACCCAAUACUGCUCCACCAGAGCGGUACCGAAUGUACCGAACUCUGAAUAUUUGAACACCUUAGGCUCAAAAUUGGCCCAAGAAAUCGAUAUUAUGUGGACCGGAAAUAAGGUAAUAUCCAGACUGCUGACCAAGGAGAACGUGCAGGAAAUCUCGGAGGUGCUGCGCAGACCGCCCAUAAUUUGGGACAACCUACACGCCAACGAUUACGAUCAGAAGCGCGUGUUCCUGGGACCGUAUUCGGGACGAUCGCCUGACUUGAUUCCGAAACUGCGUGGCGUCUUUACCAACCCCAACUGCGAAUACGGGGCCAAUUUCGUCGCCAUUCAUACCCUGGCGCAGUGGUCAAGGUGCAGCGUGGACGGACAGAGGGAUCACUCCAUCAACGACACCGUGUCGGCGGAUAUUAAACUGGAAACUGAAACGGAGGACGGACUUAGUGGUGAAGACGUACCGGCGACUUUGUCACCAAACACGUAUCAUCCGAGGCGGGCGCUCCGUAAUGCGAUAACCGAAUGGUUGCCGGAAUUCGGCAAGCAUAAAUCGGUGUGGGGACCACUGGCGAAGCCCCAACCUGCGGUUGCGGUCGUUCCCGUUCCCAUCAUACCGUCCAUCAACACGUGCAUGAGUCUUACGGCCGCCACCACCACCACCACGAUGGCAACCUCCGCCACGGUCACCCCCAUCGUUAGUUCUAAUCAGUUACAUGCUUUGGCGGAGGUUGCCAGCACAGACAGCCUGGUAAAUCCACUGCCAGGCCCAGUUAUGAACUCCCUAGUGUCAGAAACGAAAGUAGUUUGUAAUGAAGCAAUCCCCAACCCAAUUACCCCAAUUCCCGUACCCAUACCGGUCCUGUGUGAUUCCACACAAGACGAAACCAAAAGCAUAACAGUUUUGAACGGAGCACAUAUCAAAAGUUUGCCGCAAAUCGACGGAAAACAAGAUGGCGACGUGCCCGUUAAGGAGGAGACGUCCAUGAACACCGACUCAAGUCACAGUAACGAGUCGAGCUUAAGUCCUUCGGAACCGAUGGAUUGUAACAGUACGCCCAACAUUAGUCCGGCCCACGUCGUCAAUAAGUGCGUGGCGGAUUCCAACGAGGACGUCGCAAUGAGCGAGAAUUCGACUUCAAGCGGUAGUAUGCAGGUGGAGACGACCGACAGUCAAAUGGUCAUUGAAAGCCAGACCGAAUGUGAUAAGAGGGGUAACGAACUGACUUACGAAGAUCUGUCGUUGUUGUGCGACCUAUUCUAUUUACCCUUCGAACACGGCGGUCAAGGGCUGCAAAUGUUGCAGGAGUUCAACUGGUUAAAGUCCAACGCCCAUUUGGUCAUCGCCGCCAACCGGAAACAGGACAAAUCGAGUCCGGAGGCGCAGGAAUGGUUCUCGCGUGCGGCGAAGAUGAACGAGAUGACGGAGACCGUGAACAAACUGUUCAAACAUCUGACAAAUUGCAACAACAGGGAACUGCUCUACGACCUUUACUCUUAUGUCUGGGACAUACGGGUAGUAAUUUGUUUGCUCAAUUCGUACAUUAAAUGGCUUGCUGGUGGCCACUUUCCUCCUUCUAUGCCCUCCUACACCCAGGGGACCUACACAUGGUUUUCGAAAGGAUGGAAGGAGACGUUCAUGAGCGGAGACCAAGAACCAUGGGUGUUUCGGGGAGGUUUAACUGCCGACUUACAACGAUUGAUGCCUGUAGAUUCUGGCAAUGAUCUAUUCGUUUACAAAGUGCCUGACGUACCGACCUGUCGCGUGUUCACGGUACGACCGUACUUAUCAUCGGACGAGGAGGCGGUGUAUGACGUUUGCACGAGAACGUGCAAAGAUGGACUGGAAGAUCCGCACCCGUAUCCUGAGGCGUUGAAGAAUUUGAACGCGGAUCGCUUGGUGGGGCCUUACGUCACGUUACAUCCGGAAUUCUGUAUGGUGGUGGAGGAUGAAAACGGAGUGGUGGGUUACGCAUGCGCAGCUCCUGAUUAUAAAAAGUUCAGGACGACGCAGGAGAUAGCCUGGAUUCCGGAGAUGAUCGAGAAGUAUCCUCUCGAUGUGGCCAAGGAUCUCUCCAAGUUUGGACAGGAGAGUUUAAAUUAUUUCCACAACUUUGCGGAAGAAUCGUUAGUUUGUAGUUCUACACAUCCUGCCAGUUUAAUCUGCAGUCUUUUGCCUUCCGUAUUAGACCAAUCCGUUAGUAAACGUCUAGUUACUUGUUUACUUGGGGCUCUGAGAGCAAACGGAGCAUUUGGAGUUCACGUAGUUAUGAAUUCGUCUGACAGCUACACACAUGCAUUUUACGGUAAGCUGGGUUUUGUAGAAAACACCCAGGAUGCCGUCAAGGGAAAAAUUGUGAUGGGUAGAACAUUCUAAGCGCACACCCUUAUUAAACAAUUAAAUUGAGUGACUGAUUUCUUUCUGUUCCGUAACGUUUAUUUAUUUUUAUCAGAAAUUAUGUAUUUGUACAAAAAUUUAUGUAUGUUACAUGUUUAUUAACACAAUUAUGUUACAUUAUUAAGAUGUAAUUUUAAACAUUAUGUAUUAUAAAAUAUAUAUUACUAAGUUUCAA